CAUCCACAUCCAUUCCCACACCCACACUCACACCCUGCACCCACACCCACAUAGGGUGGGUGUGGGUGUGGGUGUGGGUGUGGGUGGGUGUGGGUGGGGUGUGGAGUGUGGGUGGGAUGUGGGUGUUAAUCUUUCCUUCAUUCAUACCCACACACGCCCCAUAUUUCAAUUAGAAAAAAUCGAACAACAUCGAUUUCAACGAGAUGUAAUAUCAAUCAUUUUUUAUUAAGAAAUAAAUAAAAAAUUUGAAAUACUUUAGUCCAAUGGUAUAAUAAAAUCAAUUGUUGAUAAAACGUUUAUAGCUGAUCCGAAUGUUGAACGAUGAUUAGCAUUUGAAUCUGAACAAGAUUCAAUAAAUUUCUAUUAAGAGCAAACAUGGCCAACUAGACAAGAGAUUCAACAAUCUGAACAUCAGUUAAUAAAAUGUGUACCUAAAGGAACUUCUCAAUAUCAAACUACAUGGAUUAUUUCUGAUGACGAAGAUAAUCAGUCUCUCAAUCAACAAAGUGUUUAGUUUUUUUUUUAAUUUAAAUCUUUUUCAAUAUAUAAGGAUUUUGACGAAGAUCAUCAAGAAAUGAUGACUGAUUAUACUGAUGAUCUAAAAUCAACUAAACUUGAUCAACAAGAAAAUGAAGAAGAUGGAGAUGAAGAAGAGAUGGAUGGACUUUUUAUGAAUCGAGAUAAUUAUGAUGAAAAAACAGAUUUAGAAGAAGAUAAACAAACUUUUCGAACAACAAAAUUGGAUCCAAAAGAAAAUUUACCAUAUGAUUAUGGAAGAAUUUAUCAAUUUCCUAGUUUUCGUACUUUGAUUAAACAAAUUGAAAGUGAACAAGAAUAUAAUCAACAUAAACAAGAUCAUGCUCAGGAACUUGCUCAUCUAUUAUUUGUAAAGGGUCUUUUACCACAUGAACAGUGUUUAUCAGUAUUAAAUAUUGUCUUAAAUCGUACAAAUGACAGUGAAAUAAUUGUUAAAUCAAAAGAACGUCUUAUAUUUCAUGUUGGUUUUCAUCAUUUUUCAAAUUCACCGAUUUAUUCUCAACAUUCAAAUUGA